AUGAAUGUUGCACGAGAAGAACACACAGCAACCACAUUAACAAAUGGAUCCGUAUUAGUUACUGGUGGAUCCAACGGCAAUAAUCCUGUCAAUACUGCUGAGUUGUACAAUCCAUCAACAGGCACUUGGACAACCACAGGAAGCAUGAGUACCGCACGAUAUUUUCACACAGCAUCCACAUUAACAAAUGGAUUAGUGUUAGUUGCUGGUGGAUACAACGGUGCCAGUGCUUUCAAUAGUGCUGAGUUGUACAAUCCAUCAACAGGCACUUGGAUAACUACAGUAAACAUGAGUACCGCUCGAUAUUAUCACACAGCAUCCACAUUAGGAAAUGGAAAAGUAUUAGUUGCUGGUGGAUACAGCGGUAGUAGUUAUCUCAAUACUGCUGAGCUUUAUUGA